CUUUGAUUCAUCGUAUCGGGAAUAGAAAUUUCCGUUUCGGGUAAUGACUUCGCUGCCCCGCACGUGGGGGGGCAUUUAUUAUGAUGGAAGAGGCCAUUGAAAUGGCAAUUACAGGUUAAAGAGAGAUUUCUUACUAUACCUUCAUCCCAUUUGGAUUCGAACCGCCAGAGAAAGGAAAAUCAAGACGCGAGGCGGAUAGCAACCUCGUAUCUUUAAGACACUAUUUGACAUCACAGCAAUCACAAUGUCGGCAACGGCCCUUUCGCUCUUUUCCUUGAGCGGAAAGACCGCUAUUGUCACAGGAGGAACCAGAGGCAUUGGGCAGGCAAUGGCUUUCGCGCUUGCAGAAGCUGGUGCUGAUGUCGUGCUGAUUCAGAGAGACGAAUCCAACACAUCCACGCGUGACGAGAUCAUCAAUCGCAUUGGCCGGAAAGCCUGGAUUCACGUGGCAGAGUUAUCCAAUCGGGACGCAAUCAAAGGGGUCAUUCCAGCGAUAACUAGCCAAGGUCUGAAACCGGAAAUACUGCUGAACUGUGCCGGAAUCCAAAGAAGGCAUCCAAGCGAGAAAUUCCCAGAUGAGGACUGGGAUGAGGUGAUCCAAGUGAAUUUGACUUCCGUUUUUACACUAUGUCGGGAAUUUGGUGCAUAUCUGUUGGAACGAGAUGCGUCUGAGUUCCCGUCUGGUCGUCGCGGGUCGAUCAUCAACGUUGCUUCCCUCCUUUCAUUCCAGGGUGGCAUCACCGUCCCUGCCUACGCAGCCUCCAAGGGAGGUAUUUCCCAAUUGACCAAGGCACUCUCGAACGAGUGGGUCGCCAAGGGCAUUAAUGUGAACGCCAUCGCUCCCGGAUACAUUGCGACGGAUAUGAACGUUGCCCUAAUCAAUGACUCGAAUCGCAACGCGGGUAUCAUGGCCAGGAUUCCGGCUGGCCGAUGGGGUAAUCCCGAUGAUUUUAAGGGUGUGGUCGUGUUUUUGGCAAGUCAGGCCAGCAGUUAUGUCUCUGGAGAGAUCAUCUGUGUCGACGGAGGCUGGAUGGGACGGUAAACAAGGAUGACGGCAUGGAAUUGAGUUCAAAUGUACAUACUUUUCGGGACUCAAGCUCCGAAAUUGUUCUUAAUGACUGAUACGGUAGUAUCGAUUUCGAAUUAAGA